UUGAUCUGCCUCCAUCCUUGCCGCCUCACUCUCCUACAUAGACCAAUCCAACCUCAACCUUCAUCAAUCACUCCCCUCGCAAUACCAAAACCUCACCGACCACACCCCCGCAUCAUGGAUCAGCCUGCCAUCGUCCUCGUCAAACAGCCUCUUCACAUCAGUCUGCGCAACGCUCUAACUUCACAUGGAAUCAACACCCUCGAAGAGCUCUUCAGUCUUGGCAAGCGUCACACCAAGGAGCACCUCGUCUUGCUGCACGCAAUCAUCCGCUUACAAAUCAUCCAGUCACCUUCUGAUUCCAAAUCACGGCUUGUCAAGGCACUCCCUCAAAUCUCCUCCCUUCCUGAGAACAAUUGCUUGAAACCUUUCAAGCCCCUCGUCACCCUCGUUCUCGCCAGCAGCGAACUCAAAUCCGAUCAAGAAAUCUAUAAUCUUGCCGAACAACUAUGCAUGAGCCACCCGAGCCCGUCCGUCACAUCAACCUCGAUGAAGAGCAGCACAUCUUCCAGCCACUCUUCCAACUCCCCUCCUGCGCUCAAGCUGGAAUUGAUGUAUGGCAACCUUCCAGGCUUACUGGAGCAUUUCCUCCAGCAACAUCAAACCGAUACCGUCUCGGUCUUGAAACCCCACGACAUCUUCAUCAAUCAAAAGUAUGAAGAAAGAAUCUCGGAGCCUUCGAUGAUGCUGAAGUGGAUCAGAUCGCUUGUUGAAUAUUGCUCCGCCUGCCUGAAGAAUCAAACACCAACCCAGGUGCAUUCUCGUGCUUGGGCCUGUCCUAGAAAACAUCUAAAGGGCAUCAAGGGAAAACGCAAGUUGGAUUGUGGGAUCGUGUCCCAGCCUUUCAAGUGGACCAACCACAUCGAACACAUUCUGGUCCCUGUCAAGCUAAAGGAGGAUAAAUCACAAGCCCGAGAUGCUGAUAUCGACUUGGCCAAGGUCGUCUGCGAGAUCUUCAAAGCUCAGCCCACCCGAAGCUCUGUUGUUGGGCUUACACUGUGUGGAACCUUCAUGCGGCUCUGGCAGUUUGAUAGGUCCGGGGCCAUUGGUUCCGAAUUAUUAGACAUCAAAGAAACCAAAGAAAACCUUUUCCAGUUCCUCAAUCUGAUUGUAUUGUUUUUAAUCUCAAAUAAGCGAGUUCUCGGCUUUGAUCCGAGCUUUAUUGAAAGUUAUGGGCCGAAUUGUACAGACACUCCACAAUCACUCAAGGUACAAAUCGAUGCCAAGUCGUCCAACCCUCAAGACCUUGUCAUAGACCGGCCCGACAGCCCCAUCUUCCGAGCCUCGGGGAUCUGCGGACGGGGGACGACCUGUUGGCGAGCCCAUCUCUUGGGAGAUGUGGAUCAGAAAUUUGUGGUCAAAGAUUCUUGGCAACCUCUAGACCAGAAAGCAGAAGGUGAUAUGCUUUGCGAGGUGACCAAGAAAAAGGUCCCUCACAUGGUUCGGUAUCAUCAUCAUGAAGAUGUUGAAGUGGCCAACCAGAGAGUUGACAUUCAAUCUCAUCUUCGGGCUGGCAUCAACUUCAACAACUGUACCACACUCCAAACCAUCCAUGCACCCCUCAAUCAACAACAACAGCCAAAUGGCUUUACCAAUCGUGUUCAUAGACGGUUGAUUCUCAAAGACGUGGGCCAACCGAUCUGGACGGUUGAUUCUCCAGUCCAUCUGUUGGAAGCCUUUGAGGGCUGCAUCAAGGGCCAUCAGGCCUUGUUGAACGCCGGCUAUCUCCACAGAGACGUCUCAAUUACCAACAUCAUGAUUGACAAGCAGUCCGACGAACCAGACCGAAAAUCCUUCCUGAUCGACCUAGAUCUGGCAAUUGCCUACCCUAUACUACAAGAAGAUGAAGAACCCUACACAAGAAUCGGGACCAAGAUCUUCAUGUCAAUCAGUUUACUUUCAAAACAGAAUCAUCACGAGUUUGUGGACGAUUUGGAAUCCUUCUUUUGGGUCUUGAUAUGGGUCUGCAUCCAUUAUCCUGCCGAAGAUCGACAAGCAUCAUGUGCGACGAUCACUGGUUGGCAAGAUCUUUCCCCGGAUCAUCUGGCGGACAUCAAGCAGCUCCACCUCAAUCAGCCCCCCCGGCUUAUUGCCCACUUCACCCCUCAAUACAAAACUUUCACCCCUCUGGUGGACUGCGUGAAUCGGUUUGCUAAAAUCUUGCGCGGGCCAGAGGUCAGGGCUAAGCAGGCCAACGAGCUUUAUUUUGACGUACUCACGGUUUUUCAAAUCGCUCAAGCAAAAAAAGCUGAUUGAGGGAAUAUAAGCUUAUAUAUCCUUCCUUUGACUCGCUCGGCUAGCCCACUGACCCCCUGAUCUAUCAUUCUGUCAGCUUGCUACUAUUACAGAGUCAAGCUGACCUGCAAUAUUUCCAUCAAUAACUCAAGAUAAUAAGUGAUAGAUUUAAUAAUCAAGUAAUAUUACAAAAAUAAUGACAUAAAA